UGGGACAGGGAGGGGUGGGUGCCCUGGGCCUCCAGGCAGCCCCGGAGGGCUGGGCCGGGAGGCGACUCUAUCAGCCUCUCGUUUCUGAGACAAGACCUCCAUUAGGACGCGUCUGGAGUUGAGAGCUUGGGUUGGAGAUUGAACGCGUUGUGACCCUUAAAAUCCCAAGGACGGACAUGUUCCCUGAGGCGCGAGGCCAGAGGGGGGGAGGAGGGGGCGCAGGGGUCCAGCGCUUGGUGGGCACAGAGGAGGCGGCCGGGCGCAGGGCGGGGCAGCUGCCCAUCCUGGCAGGAGGAUGGGAGGUGACCUUGGGCUCAGAGGCCUGGCGGUCACCGUGGUGGGUCCCCUGCCCUUGGACAGGAGGACAGAUUGGCUGGGGUGGGAGCGGGAAACGGGUGAACAAAGGGGCAAGUGUCGUUUUGGUUGCGAGUGGCAGGUUGUGGAAACACGAGGUGUUUGUGUCCACAUGCGGGAGGGAGGAAGGGCCCCUGAGGGGAGCCUCUGAGGGGCCGGGGUCCUGAGCACGGGAGGAGGGCUGUUUGGCUGUGACAGGAGGGAGGAGAGGAAGGAGUGUGUGUGUGUGUGUGUGUGUGUGUUCACGUGUGUGUGUGAGUGGAGGUGUGGGGUUCCUGCUCGGUUUCUGUGCACCUGUGCUGGAGGCUGAGGCCCGGAGCCGAGCAGAGGGGCUGGGGGCUGCGGAGAGGAGGCCUGAGGAGCCCCCAGAGGGCAGGACAGCCGGCUUCACAGACAUGUGCAGGGCGCCCGGCCAUGGCCAGAGUAGGAGCUGGGUGCCGGAGAGGCACGCUGGUCACCCCCCUUCCCCGGUGCUGGCGGGUCUGGGGGCUGGGGUUCCGAGCUGGGCCCCGGGAGGGAGCGGGGAGGGUGUUGAGCCUGUGGGGUCAAGGCCGGGCACGCUGGGAGCCCGCAGACAGCCGGGGCCGGGGCCGUCCUCGUCCUCGUGCAGAGCAUCGGGCCUCCGGGCCCGUGUGCCGUCUGCCAGCCCGCAGUGGCUGUGCUCAGGGUCCCGGGUCCUGGUCUCUUCCAGCCCGUGCGGGUGCGCCGGCUUCUGCGCCCCUUCUUUCUGAUGCAGAACUCCUCCAUGAUGAAGAAGACGCUCAAGUGUGUCAGGUGGUCGCUGCCAGAGAUGGCCAGGACGACAGGCGGGACAGGCAGCGGCUGACCUACUUCCGCAACCUGCCCGAGGCUCUGACCUCCCUCCUGGUGUUGCUCACCACCGCCAACAACCCUGAUGUGAUGAUUCCUGCCUAUUCCAAGAACCGGCUCUACGCCAUCUUUUUCAUAGCCUUCACCCUGAUAGGGAGCUUGUUUCUGAUGAACCUGCUGACGGCCAUCAUCUACAAUCAGUUCCGGGGCUACCUGAUGAAGUCUCUGCAGACCUCACUGUUGCGGAGGCGCCUGGGCAUCCGGGCUGCCUACAAGGUCCUCUCGUCCAUGACGGCAGAGGGAGAAGCCCACCCCGAGGGAGUCGGGGUGAAGCCCCAGGACUUCCUGCAGGUGCUUCAGAAAGUCCAGCUGGACAGUGACCACAAACAGGCCAUCACGGAGAAGCUGCAUUCCCGCAGUGGGGACCUGCUGUCAGCUGGCGAGUUUCAGAAGCUCUUCGAUGAGUUUGACAAAAGGGUGAUUAAAGAGCACCCGCCGCGGCCCGGGUACCGGUCUCCGUUUCUGCAGAGCGCCCAGUUCCUCUUCGGCCACCACUACUUUGACUACCUGGGCAACCUCAUGGCCCUUGGAAACCUCGUGACCAUCUGCGUGUUCCUGGUGUUGGAUGCACAUGUGCUGCCCAAGGACCGUGACGACUUCGUGCUGGGGCGACUGAUGCUGCUGGGAGCCAGGAGGUUCCGUCAGGGAAGGACACUGCCCGGUGUCCCCAGGAGAUUGGACCAGAGGGGCCAGGUUGGAGGCGGAGACCCCCGAGGAGGUAUUCUCAGCUGCGUCUUCAUCCUGUACUACCUGCUGGAGAUGCUGCUCAAGGUGUUUGCUCUGGGCCUGCGGGGGUACCUGGUCUCCUCCAGCAAUGUGUUCGACGGGCUACUCACCGCCGUCCUGCUGGUUUUGGAGAUCUCAACUCUGGCUGUGUACCGCUUCCCACACCCGGGCUGGAAGCCGGAGGCGCUGGGCCUGCUGUCGCUGUGGGACGUGACCCGGCUGGUGAACGUGCUCGUAGCCUUCCGUUUCUUGCGCAUCAUUCGCAGCGUGGAGCUGAUGGCUGUGGUGGCUAGUACCAUCCUGGACCUGAUCAGAAACAUGCGGGCUUUCGGCGGGAUCCUGGCGGUGGUCUACUACGUCUUUGCCAUCGUUGGCAUCAUCCUGUUCCGAGGUGUCAUCGUGGCUCCUGGAAACAGCAGCCUGGCCCCUGACAACGGCUCCGCGCCCUGUGGGAGCUUCGAGCAGCUGGAGUACUGGACCAACAACUUUGACGACUUUGCCGCCGCGCUGGUCACUCUGUGGGACGUGAUGGUCGUGAACAACUGGCAGGUGUUCCUGGACGCCUUCCGGCGCUACGCAGGCCCGUGGUCCAAGAUCUAUUUUGUGUUGUGGUGGCUGGUGUCGUCCGUCAUCUGGGUCAACCUGUUCCUGGCUCUGAUUCUGGAGAACUUCCUUCACAAGUGGGACCGCCGCAGUCACCUGCAGUCCCUCACAGGGGACCUAGAGGCCACCUCUGAGGUGACCGUGGAGCUCCUGUUCAGGGAUGUCCUGCAGGAGCCCACGGAGGAAGAGCUGGCAGAGAAGCUGAGCCACCACCCGCACCUGCAGCUGUGCAGGUGACGUCCAGGCGCCUUCCCGGCUGGGGCGGCGGCAGGUGAUGCGGCCUCGGGAUGGGCGCUGGCCGGGGGAGGAGGCGGCCGCGGCCCACUGGAGAGGUUGGUCCCUUGGGCAGAGCCACCGUGCGUGCCGACUCUGGGACACACGCAGGCCCUGGUUUGCAGCCGAGCUGGACCACCUCCGCGGCCCCUCAGGCGCUGUCCGUGCCACUUUCUUUUUAUAAGCUGCUUCCCUGAGACUUAUUUUUCUAAAUAUUGAAAGAGGGUGACUGGGAGGGAGAUGCAGUGGCCCUCCCCCUGGGCCCUGGGAUUUCCGUGGUGCCUUCACUGCUGGUGGCCUUCAGGGACCAGAGGCCCACGUGGGGCCCGCACAGGCCAACCGGCAGCUUUCCAGGGCGUUAAGCUUGGGAUCCUGGUUUUACAUGAUAAGAAUCUGGACUGUGUUUUAUUAUUUUAUGGCUCGUGUGAGUGUGAUUGGGUGCGUUUCUUUAUGGGUGCGAAUGCCAAUCAUCUUCAUCAAUAAGUCUUGCAAAGAAGGAGGUGGUCAUCCUUAUUCCGACACGACUGUGCUUCUCUGGAACGGGGCCACCCGGUCUCAGCCUGUCAGAAGCCAGUGCUGUGGUUGGACCAGCCCUUGUGGUUCGUACUGUGUUAGCAAGAUGCCUUUCAGCAACCACCGUCAGGAAACUUUGAAAAAAUAAAGGUUUAUUACUUACGAGACCUGGAAAUUACAUAGUACACCUGGGGCCACACAGCGAGGUCUCGGGUAGAGAGAGAGAGAGUGUGGGCCUGGGGUUAUGCUUUUGUGGGGGUCGAGGGUUUCAGGGGCUCACUCUUUAUUGGUGAAUUUAAAACAUAAGAGCAGGAAUUUAAAGCCAAGGAAGAAAAAAAAAAGUGGUCCAAAUGGUCAGUUAUCAAACUCAACCAAGAUUUCUAAAAUAAAUGAGCCUCAGUGGAGGAAGGUGGCCUGGCUCUUUAUCUCAUCGAGCGGCUGCCAAUGUGUUUAUUUGAGAUAGCCGUGUUUGAAGUGGACGCCUCUGCAAUCAAAGCUUAAGACAGGUACUUGCAUUACAGAAAAGAAGAAAACAACUGUCGGGGCUUAACACUACCCCGGGUAUGGUUGUGUAGGUUGUGCACUGCACAAGGGUACCUGGCUGCAAGGGUGUGUCCUGGCAUUGACUGUCUACCCCAGGAGGGGGACAUCUUUUUCUAAUUUGCAUAAAGACAUGUAUAAGUCA